AAAGAUUGAAUCAGAGAAUAUAAAACUUAAAAAAGACAAUCAUCCAGAUGUUACUUUACGAGAAAAUCGAUAUGCUGUUCUUAAGGGCAAAUUUCAAAAAGCUCUGAAUACUUAUCGAGACAUAGAAGAUUCAUACAUGAAACAAGAAAAGGAAAGAUUUAUCAGGCAAUAUCGAUUAAUAAAUCCUGAUAUUACACAAGAGGAAAUCGAAAACUAUCUUCAGAAUCCAUCCAAUAGUUCGAUUUUUUCACAAACUUCUGCGAGAAGUAGAGAAGCUAAGGCUGCAUUAGAAGAAGUACAGAAACGUCACGGUGAUAUUCAACAUAUUGAAAAAACUAUUACUGAAUUGCUUAAAUUAUUUGAUGAGAUACGGUUACACGUUGAAGAAAGCGAUCCAAUAGUACAAGAAGUAGAGGAUAAUGCAGGUCAACAAGCUGUGGAUUUAGAAAAAGCAACCGAAGUUUUACAAGUUGCAAAUGUGGAAGCAAAAAGCACAAGGACUAAAAAAUGGAUUUGUUGCGCUGUAACUUUGGUUCUUAUAGUGAUACUUAUCGUUAUUCUUGUUUUUAUACUUGUUCCAUCACGUUAA